AUGGCUCCUCAGACCCCCUGCGGCACCACAACCAUCGACAUACCGUCCUUUGGAAAGGUAAAAGGCCUCGUAUAUCCGAGCGGAACCCGCCAAUUCUGCGGCAUCCCAUACGCCACACUCACAAAACGAUGGACGCGCUCCGUCCUAAACACUUCCCUACCCAACGACUACCAUGACGGGACACAACACGGCCCCAUCUGCCCGCAACCCCCCGAAUACGCCACGGGCGACGUCGACCCCAUGGUCCCCGUCCCGCCUUUCCCGCACUUCAACAAAGCCCCCGAGGAGGACGAGCUAAACUGCCUCAACCUCAACAUCGUCCUCCCUCCCCCGCCCACCACAACCCCAACAACCGGCCCCUUACCCGUCAUGCUCUGGAUCCACGGCGGCUCCUUCCUCUUCGGCUCCUCCACCCACCCCUGCUACGACAUGGUCAACCUGAUCUCUUUCUCAUCCGCUAUCGGUGCGCCUGUCAUAGGCGUCAGCAUCAACUACCGCGUCGGCCUCUUCGGCUUCCUCGCCUCGCAGUCCAUCUCCUCCGACCUCGCCGCCGACGGCUUCGCCGGCGCGGGUAAUUUUGGUUUGACGGACCAGCAGACGGCGCUGCGCUGGGUGCAGCGGUACGUCGGCGCGUUCGGAGGGGAUCCGGAUAACGUGACGAUUUUCGGCGAGAGCGCGGGCGGCAUGAGCGUUGCGCAGCAGGUUUGGGCGAGGGACCCGGCGCCGUUUGCGCGCGCUAUCAGCAUGUCCGGCACGCUGAAUACGAUUCCGGUGUGGCCGCUGAAGUGGCAUGAGCGGCGGUACCGCGCGCUGCUCGAGCACCUGGGUAUUGGCGAGGAGGUGGAUGAUGGCAGGGCGACGCUGGAGCGCCUGCGCCAGGUGCCGCAGGAGGCUGUCGCGGCGGCGACGUGCGCGAUCGAGGGCGGGAUGGGCGCGACGGCGAAUCCGUGUGCGGACGGGUGGUAUCACGCGCAAACCCCAUCGCUUGAAGCCGGCGGCAUCGUCUCGCCGCCGGCGUGGCUGCGGUCAUAUAUGAUCGGCGACGUGCGGCACGAGGCCAUGAUCUUCCGCGGGGCGCUGGACGACCAGGACUACGCGUCCAUCCUGGGGCACUUCUCAGGCUUCAUGGACGAGAAGGAUGCGGUGGAUGUGUUGCAGCGGUACAGCAUCGCGGCAGAAAUCUCGCACGAGGAGUUGGAGCGCCGCUUUGAGGCGAUGGCGACCGACGCUCUCUUCUGGCUCCAGACGUACUUGCACGCGCACGCGUCGCGGGUGGAGCGCACGUACGCGUAUCACGUCGACCAGGUGUCGACGCUGGAUAAUGCGCUCAAGGGCCUUGCGUACCAUGCCAUCGAGCUGCUGUACGUGUUUCGGAAUCUGGAAGAGGAGAUGAGCGAGGGGCAGAGGGAGUUGUCGCGGAAGAUGGCGGCCGACUUUGUUCGCUUUGCGUACGGGGAGGAUCUGUGGGAGAGGUUCAAUGGCGAGGGGAAGAAGUGGAUGGUGUAUGGGCCGGAUGAUGGGUGGGCGGUCAAAUCGGAAAGUGGUGAUGAAGAUGUGAGGAGGUAUGCGCGCAUGAAGGAAAUUUUGGAUACUGGGCUGUUUCCGAAGUGGGCCGCGGCACUGGACUAUAUCGUGAACAAGAGGUGGAUUCUGGGAGCUGUUGUGCCGAGCAAGGAUUAG